AUGAGGCCUUCUUUGCUAGUCUCUCUCCUACUUUUGUCCAUUUUCUUUUAUGAUGCUCAAGGUAUACGCUUGGAAAAAGGAAUUUUUGCAGCUGGGAAACAUAAGAUCCAAAAGGAAGGUGUUGUUGAAGAGGUCAAUAGCUGCACAGAUGGGCAUUGUUCAGGGCUGAUUAGAAAACUUAUGGCCAAAACCAAUUCUACUUCUAGGACUAUCACCACUUCAAAGAAUGGCAAGAAUGAAGGAAAUAGAGCUGGAGGACUAGGUGGAAAAGAAGAAAAUUUAUCAGUUAGUUCGUCGCCGGAUUCCGGUCACGGGGAGUCCUCUCCCGAGCACUAUCCAGACAGUUUAGACAUAGCAGGAAUGGAUUAUUCUCUUGCAAGGAGAAAAGCUCCAAUACACAAUUGAUUGCUGGGAGCACCUAGACAAGUAAUAACAAUUGUUUUCUAGAAGGAUGAAAGAGAAUAGAAGUAUUGGACAGCAUUACCAAAAUGCUGCAGUUUUUUAGGGUUAGGAAGAUUUUGUAUAUAGUAUAUUUUAUCUUUGUUCUUAGAUUAUUAUUUGAUGAUUGAGUCAUAAGUACCUGGGUGCUAAUUAAAAUUAGUGACUAACCUUUGUA